AUGUCCACGCUGCACGCGACAGCGAGCUCUGGUCAUAUCAGCACCACCAUAUCCGACAACAGCGGCAACGAUCUCCUCGAAAAGCUGGCAGACGAUCCCUCGACCGCGACAUCCGAGUCUUUCCCUCCAGAUGGCGGUCGUGUCGCUUGGCUCACUCUUGCUGGAGCAUGGAUGGUUCAGUUUUGUACCUUCGGUUACCUGAAUGCGUUCGGGGUUUACCAAGACUUUUACACCCGCGAGUUCCUCUCCCACGAAACGCCAUCCAGCAUCAGCUAUGCCUUGUUCUCAUCUGAUACUUCUACCGCCCAUCUCCGACGCGCAUCGCAACCGCGACUCCGCCAUAGUUGGAUUGGAAGUCUGCAGUUGUGCCUGAUGUACGCACCGGCCGUAGUAGUGGGACGUGCCUUCGAUGCCGGUUAUUUUCGCCAUGUCCAGCUCGCGGGAUCAUUACUUCACGUAUUCUCCAUCUUCAUGCUCUCCCUGACGACGCCAGAGCGGUAUUACCAAGUGUUGCUCGCACAGGGCGUCGGCGUGGGUCUGGGAGCUGGCAUGCUCUUCCUCCCAUCCCUGAGCGUAGUCUCGCAUCACUUCCGCCGGCGACGCGCUCUAGCCACGGGCAUUGCAGUAUCCGGCGCUUCCUGUGGAGGUGUCGUGUUUCCGAUCGUGCUCAACCAGCUCUUUGCCAAUCCGAAGAUGGGUUUCGCCAACGGGGUGCGGGCAAGCGGCGCUCUCGUCGCUGUUCUACUGACCGUAGCGAACGCUGUUAUGCGGACAAGUUCGCCGUCGAAGCGCCAUGGCUUCCUUCCGGUGUCACACUGGAAACACGCGAAGCGAAUAUUGGUGGACCAUGCGUAUACUACGUCGGUCGUGGGAGCGUUUUAUACCAACCUCGGGUUGUUCGUUCCUUUCUUCUACCUACAGCUGUUUGCUGCAGACCAUGGCGUGAAUGCGACCAUCACAACGUACAUCCUCGCGAUCCUCAACGCCGGUAGCACCCUGGGGCGAGUCCUUCCCGUCGCUCUCGCCAACCAGCUCGGAGUCUACAACAUGCUGCUAUUCUCCAUCCUCAUGUCCGCGGUUCUCAUAUUCGCCCUUUUCGGCGCGACGUCCGCCGGCAGCGUGAUCACCGUGGCGGUGCUGUUUGGAUUCUCAUCUGGGGCGUAUGUCUCCCUGAUACCGCCCUUGCUCGGGAUGCUUUGUACGGACCAUAGCGAGCUGGGACUGAGAAUGGGCUUAGCGUUCAGCGUCGUGGGCGUCUCCAUGCUCAUCGGCACGCCCAUCUUUGGCGUACUGCUCAAGACCGACAGCUCGGGUGUGGUGCUCGUAUGGUGGAAGGCAUUAGUGUUCGCCGGAGUACGUCACACUCUCGCGAGCGUGCGCUACUCCACAGCUGACGUGCGACGCCUGUAUUCACCGCUUGUCGUACCACGCAACCCCCUUGCGCUCGGUCGUCUCGGGCACCUUUCCACUCCUCCCCGCAGGUAUGUAUCGUGGCAGGGGUUCUGUGUAUGA